CGCGUUUAAAGAUGGCGGCUCGCAGUGUCAGGUCGUGUGUUGUGAAACACAGUUAGUUAUUCUCACAGUCACAGUAUGUGAAAUCUGUUUGGAUAUAAAAUUAGGCGUUUUUAUAAAUAAUAUAAUUGCGGUACUAUUUACAUGUCACAACGUUAGCGGGUGAAUCUGGUGAUGAAGUUUAACGUUACCUGAAUGGCAUUUUAAGCAACUGUCUCAAACCAGAAAAAGGGAAAAUGCUUCCAGCUACAUGGUCACGACUGUCCUGCAAGGCUUUGCCCAGCCGAGGACACAGGACACUGAGUCUGUUCUCGAGCUCAGGACCUUCACACUGGAGUAAAGUGGUCUCCGACGCAGAGAAGAUCGUCGGAUAUCCUACCUCCUUCAUGAGUCUUCGCUGCCUGCUCAGUGAUGAACUCAGUAAUGUUGCCAUGCAUGUCAGGAAGCUGGUCGGGACCCAACACCCUUUACUCAACACUGCAAGGGGGUUUGUUUACGACAGCAGGAACAACCUUCAGAUGAGGGGACUGAUCGUACUACUUCUGUCGAAAGCCGCCGGGCCGAGCCACGCAGCCUCUGACCUCCUGGCUCAGGACAUGGUCAGCGGCAUCUACCCCAGCCAGCGGAACUUGGCAGAAAUCACUGAGUUGAUCCACACAGCGUUCCUGGUUCAUCGUGGGAUCGUCAAUCUGAAGGAGUGGACAGUUUCAGACGGCCCGCUGAAGGACAUGCAGUUUGGGAAUAAGAUGGCUGUCCUGAGCGGCGACUUCCUGUUAGCGAAUGCUUGUACCGGACUUGCCCAACUAAAUAACACCAAGGUUGUUGAACUGAUCUCAAGUGCCAUCGGUGAUUUAGUUCAAGGAAUAUACUGUGAGAAUUCCAACAAUACUGAGGAGAAUGGUCUGACCGAUGGCGUCGACGUGGCGACGUGGGAGGAGCAGACGUUCCUGUCCCACGGGGCACUGCUGGCCAAGAGCUGUCAAGCUGCGAUGAAGCUUGCCAAACACGACAAGGAGUCUCAAAGAUUGGCCUACAAGUACGGCAAGCACCUAUCACUGGGCCAUAAGCUGAACUCUGACCUGCAGCCGUUUGUGAAGAGCAGCGUGGGAGAGCCGGUGUCGUUCAGUUUGAGCGCUGCCCCGGUGGUUUUCCACCGUCAGAUCGUUGGCCAGGAGAGAUGGCAUCAGCAGCUGCAGCAGGUAAAAAUACUGAGAAACCAACUAGAUUACUCCCAGCUUUUGGCAGCAGUUAAGUCGGAGAAUGGCGUCAGCUCAGCGGUGGACUUAUGCUGUUACCAUGGCAACAAGGCUCUGGAGGCCAUUCAGGCUUUCCCCUCCUCCGAGGCUCGAUCCGCCUUGGAGAACAUCGCCUCCACCAUCACCGAAUUUUGACCUGAACUCACACACACACACUCCUUCUUCUAAAUGCCUGGAGUAUCUUUGUCAACAAGGACAAGAACCACUGAACAGCUGACACUAGGUGCUACUAGUCUGGAGGAACUGUUCUGCUCUGUUGUGGAUGUCAGUGCUUCAGAAUUGCAAAGGCUAUAUCCAUAAAUGGUCAUCAUUGAAAAAGGAAUAAAAACACAUUACUUCAG